CAGAGGACUCCUGCCGUCGGUGGUCGCCUAGAGCGAGGCCCUCUGCGGAAGGGGACUGGUGGCCUGCGGCCGGGAGGAAGCUGGACUUCGGCUGCCUGCCGACGCUCCGUUCCAGGCCCCGCGUUGCUGUUUCAGCGUAGUUGGACCCACCUCACGCGCCACUCUAUUCCCGGGUCAAGCCUGCACAACCCUCUCUUUAUUUCCUUUUCUGUGACAAACAAAAUACCCUAUCGGGGAAUCCGCUGGGCCCGGGGAUCACAGACGGCCGUGUGCUCCCGGUAUCCUAGAGCUUCCCGGAAGUGUUUCUAGUCGUCUCCGGGCCAGGCCCCGCUUCCGGCCGGCCCUUUGCUCUCCGCCAGCAGGCCGUUCGGCUCCGCUCCAGAACACACGUUGCAGGUGCAGUUGCAUCUGGGACCUGCCUCUGGGCUGGCUGAUCAAAAAGGAGGAAGUAGUAGCAAUGUCUGCUGUGGGGGCUGCAGUUCCAUACCUGCAUCACCCUGGUGAUAGUCACAGCGGCCAGGUGAGUUUCCUGGGGGCCCAGCCCCCCCCAGAGGUGGCAGCAAUGCCUCGGCUCUUGACGGACCUGGACAGGGGCACAUUCAGGAAGUUGCUGAAGCUGGUGGUCAGCAGCUUUCAGGGAGAAGACUGCCGUGAGGCUGUGCAGCUGCUUGGGACUGGUGCACACCUGUCGGAGGAGCGGCUGGGGGCCCUGCUUGCCGGCACCCACACGCUGCUCCAGCAGGCUCUCCGACUGCCCCCAGCCAGCCUGAAGCCCGACACCUUCAAGGAUCAGCUCCAGGAGCUCUCCAUCCCCCAAGACCUGAUAAUGGACUUGGCUAGUGUGGUAUUUGGGAGCCAACGGCCUCUCCUUGACUCUGUUGCCAGGCAGCAGGGGGCCUGGCUGCCCCAUGUUGCCUACUUUCGUUGGAGGGUGGAUGUGGCAAUCUCCACCAGUGCCCUGGCCCGCUCCUUGCAGCCAAGUGUCCUGAUGCAGCUGGUGCUUUCAGAUGGGCUAACAUACCGCUUUGAGGUCCCCACAGCCAAGUUCCAGGAGCUUCGCUAUAGCGUGGCCCUGAUGCUGAAGGAGAUGGCCGACCUGGAAAAGAAGUGCGAGCACAAACUACAGGACUGACCCAUGUGCCCAGUUGCUCUGGUCACCUGGGGACAGCUGCUCAGACAUCUCCAUAGUGAAGCCCACCCUGCCCAGGAGGCACUCUUCAGUGAGAGUGUGGGACUGCAUCUAUGUCAUUCUCUGUUUGAUGAAAAAAAAAAAAAGCAAAAACAGCAGUUUCUCUCCUUUGCUUGGAAGUAGAGCAACUGUAAAAUCAUGUCUUUCCAACUGCUGUCACCCUGCACACCUGUUCCCUGGCCAUUGGUAUUGUUGCUAGGUGUGGGUACCCACUGCUCCAGGGCAGCCCUUUGGUCCAGGCCAGUGCCUUGAUGCAGAUGCUGAGUUCUUUUAGCUGGGCUCCAUGUGGCAUCUGACCACUCUGCUUAUUUGCUUCUGCAAAUCCCAUUUUUCAGUGUGGACAUUUCUGUCUCCUAUCUUACAUCCUUGACCUCAUGGAGCCAACACUGUAGUGGGGAAGGGAAAACAUUAUAAACCAUGUAACAAAUAAAUUGUAUAGCUUGUUAGUGGA